CCUGAAUUCUAUCUGGACAGUGCUGAUUGGCCCUGUGCUUAUCACGUGCACCCUCCCAAGAAAAAAAAAACCUCUCUAGCAAUACACACCAAACUAAGCAUGUGCAGAGUGUCGCCACACAAUAUGUCUUAUCAGGAGAUAAGAGGGGGACACUGGAAGAAGGGGAGGAUCAGAGAAGAAAGGAUCAAACGGCCUUUUUACACAAUGCAGAGGAUUAACCCUUUAGGUUCCUCAGUGAGUAUAACAAGCAUGCUUUACUGCAUAUACAGACUGAUUUUACGGUUGUGGGUUUAGUAACACUU